CACCACAAAAGAGGAGAUGGGGAACUCCUCAGACAAACCCAAAAAGAGAAUCCAUCUAUGGAAGAAGGUCCUCAUCCACUUCUCCCUCUGCUUUGUCAUGGGCUUCUUCAUCGGCUUCGCGCCUACAAGCACCACCAUCUCCCUUUUCUCCGCCCAACCUUCCGCCGCUGACAUCCGAAACCUCGGUGUUUCCGAUGUCAAGACUGAAGUCCUUAACCGAAGCCUCCUUGCAGAGCUUCAUCCCGAAGCUUCAAAUUCCGUUUGGUCAGACUGCAAUGAAACAGAGCAAGAGCUCAGCUCCAAGGAACAGCUAAUAGUCAUAACAACCACCCACCCAACUGACCAAUUUAAAGUUGCUUCCUUGUGGAGAUUGGCAAAUACGCUUAGAUUGGUGCCUCCACCACUACUAUGGAUUGUCAUCGAGUCCAAUUCCGACUCUCCGGCGACCGCAAAGAUGCUUAGGCAGACCGGCAUCAUGUAUCGGCACAUCACAUAUAAGGAGAAUUUCACUGAUGCCGACGCUGAGGCCUACCAUCAGAGAAAUGUAGCUUUGAACCAUGUCGAACACCAUCGGCUAAAUGGAAUAGUGCACUUUGCCAGUGCCUUCAACAUCUAUCCUCUUCAAUUCUUUGAGGACAUUCGAGAAAUAGAGGUGUUUGGGGCAUGGCCAGUAGCAAUGGUGUCUGCGAGCAGGAAGAGGAUUGUGGUGGAAGGACCGAUUUGCAGUUCUUCGAAGGUUGUUGGCUGGGAAUCAAAGGAGCUGAGUAAUAAUGGAACUGCAGCAUCAAGAAACCCAAUUUCUACCUCAGAAUCAGGCAAUGGAACAACAGAGAGUAGACUACCUGCAAGGAUCAAUAUCUCAGCUUUUGCAUUUAACAGCUCAAUACUAUGGGAUCCAGAGCGGUGGGGACGCCCUUCCUCCAUUCCAGAUAGCUCCCAGGAUUCAAUCAGGUUCGUCCAUCAGGCAGUUCUGGAGGAUGAGAGUAAGAUCAGAGCCAUCCCUUCCGACUGUUCUAAGAUCAUGAUGUGGCAUCUGCAUAUACAGAGGCGAACUUCUCACUGAUCAGUGAAAGCAGAAAUGAUAGGAGAUCAGCUUACAUAUAUAUACCAGUUUUUUAUUCUUCAUUUUUGAGAUAUUUUUUUGGUUUUUAAAACGAAUUAUUAUUUAUGAGUUCAUUGUAAUGGCCUUCAACAUCUGAAGGAAUACUCAUUCAGAAGAGAAAAAGUUGGUCGUCGAGUACUUUCAACGGUAACUUAGCUUGAAAAAAGA